AAGGGCGUCUAGUGCGGGGAUCGGGGGCAUGUGACCUGCGUUCUGGCCAUUUCACCGUCGACCCCGCGCGGGCGAGUCGGUCGCUGCUGCUCUCCCUCUGCCAUGUUCCGCAUUACGAACGCCCUCUGGGAGAGGAUCCACCACUAUGCAUCCUUCCCUCAGACUGGAGUCUCGCUCCAGCAGAUGGUCCUCUUCGGACAGAAUCCGAGUCAGGGAACGCUCUUUGGGGCCAGCCAGUUCCUGCUCGAGGAGCUCCCCGUACGCCUCGCUCACCGCGUGAAGGAGCUCGACCAGCUGCCUCACAACCUCAGCGCAAUGCCUUCCAUUAACAGGGUGAAGGAGUGGUAUGCGCAGUCGUUCGAGGAGCUCAUCUCAUUCCCGACGCCAAAGCUGCCUCGGCACAUCCGCGACGCACUCUCGGCGCAGAACUCUGACGUCGUCCUCCCAGAAUCAACACCUAAUCCUUCACUACCCUUCUUUGUCGACGACUAUGGAGGCCCAACGGGCACAGGGCUGGGGCUCGCUUCAGGCACGAAGGUAGGGAACUCGAACGGGCAGAAGCACAAGAUGCGCAUCCCUAUGGAGCGGAGAUACUACGCCAACACGUCCAAGGUCGACUGGCCGCCCGAGGUCCAAGAGUUCAAUCGCAGGUUCACCAAGUCGCUGGAGCACAUCAAGCGGAGACACGACCCCACAGUCACGACGGUCGCCCAGGGCGUCCUCGAGUGGAAGCGCAGUCAGAACGCACGGAAUAUCAACCUCGACGUGCAGCACUGGCUCGAUCGGUUUUAUCUGUCUCGAAUAGGGAUACGGUUCCUCAUCGGACAACACAUUGCCUUGAAUACAUUGCAGCCACACCCCGACUACGUCGGGAUCAUCUGCACAAGAGCGGUAUGUAUCGUACAGCCCGUCCCGGACCAUGUAUUGACCAUCUUCGUCUGCGAGGAGCACUAUGCCAUGUUCAAAGGGCCGCCCGUGCAGCUCAUCUGCCCGAAACACCUGCACUUCGCCUACGUGCCAGGCCACCUGUCGCACAUCUGCUUCGAGCUGCUCAAGAACUCGCUCCGCGCGGUCGUCGAGCGUCUCGGGACGGAGCACGAAGACCACUUCCCGCCGAUCAAGGUCAUCGUCGUCGAGGGCAAGGAGGACAUCACCAUCAAGAUCUCGGACGAGGGCGGCGGCAUCCCGCGCAGCGCGAUCCCGCUCAUCUGGACGUACAUGUACACUACCAUGGAGGGGCAGAACAUCGACCAGGACUUCCAGGCGAGCGACUUCAAGGCGCCCAUGGCCGGCUUCGGGUACGGCCUGCCGCUGUCGAGAUUGGUAUGUAUCCCUCCCCGCGUAUCGACGCCGGUGAACACCACUGACGGUGACGCGCCGAUCGUCUUGCAGUACGCACGAUACUUUGGCGGUGAUCUGCGCCUCAUUUCGAUGGACGGCUUCGGCACCGAUGUCUACAUCCACCUCAACCGGCUGUCCAGCAAUCGUGAACCCCUUCCCUAA